UUCCAGCCCCGUACGCCCUAUACAGCGCCCAACGCGGAGGCAGCCACCAAACCAGUAUCGACAAGACGUCAAAACCCUAGACCGGCGACGCGUUCCCCUCUCUCGCCGCCGGAUUCCCCUCCGCCCGCGCGUCUCGCGGACGUCUUCGCGCUCUCCGGCUGCUAUCCCCGGUUCGCUCACCACCAACAAUGUCUUCUCAGAUGGAUAACCGCAUCCAAUCGGCUGGAAAGCGCGCGCGCACAGACGGUAGCCGGCGCGAGGACGACUGGAUUUGCCCCAGCUGCAACAACGUCAACUUCGCGUUCCGCACCACCUGCAACAUGCGCAACUGCGACCAGUCAAGGCCCGCGGAUCACACGGCUAUGCAGACUCCGCCCCACUACUCGGUGCCGGGGCGUUACAUGCCGCCGGGGACGCCUCCGUCCAUGUACCUCACUGGGGCUCCUCCCCCGUAUGGCUCCUCCCUCUAUAACGGGCAUCCCAUGCCACGCUAUGGCAUUCCUCAGCUCCCUCCAGGUUCUGGAUAUCCCUAUGGCUAUGGCGGGCGAGUCCCGAUGGGGAGCCCCUAUGGGCCAAUGCAUAUGGCGGCGCCACCACCGUAUUCUAGUGGUUCUAUGAUUGGUGCAGGUGGAAUGUACAGCAUCAGCAUGCCCAUGGAUAGAUAUGGCUUGGGCUCACCUGGUGGUCCUGGUGCAAUGGGCGCAAGGGCUGGUUCCUAUUCUGACGAAGGCUUGCAGAAGAAAUCUGCUGGAGCUGGGCGUGAUAAUGAUUGGAAGUGCCCUAAUUGUAACAACAUUAACUUUGCCUUUCGGACAGUUUGUAACAUGAGAAAAUGCAACACACCAAGACCUGACACCCAGGGAUCCAAACCUGACAGUUCAAGAGCUUCAAAACCAAAGACUCCAGAGGGUAGUUGGAAGUGUGAAAAGUGCAAUAACAUAAACUAUCCUUUCCGGACAAAAUGCAACCGUCCAAGUUGUGGGGAAGAAAAGCCAUUGCAGGCAAACAGUCCUGAUGAUCUGGCUACAGACCAGGACAAUCAGGUUGAAGCUAGGCAUGUUGCUUUCUAAUGGACUCCCUAGAGCUCACCAUUAUCCUGUAAUGUUCAUAUGCUACCAUGUUCUCUGGAGCGUAGCAGAGAUGAUACAUGAUGGAACAGUGAGUUGUGCAUAAUCGCAUUGUGGAGUGUGCAUAACGUGGCAUGCUUGGUUGGAUUGGUGCUCUUUGACUGACUGGCUGCCAUUGAAAUUAGUUUUUGGCAUGUAAUACGGGAAAGCUUUUAUCAAAGCUGCAACUUUCACACGACUUUGAAGACAACUGUGUUCUAAUCGAGAAGGAUCUUCCGGGCCAUGCUGCUGGACUACCGGUACCGACGAGUUCGCAUGCCUUGCGAAUGGCAGCUCUCAAUGAGUUGCAAGAGAGUAGUUUACAAGAUGACAAGUAACCAUUUCACUUUUCUUGGAAAACGUUUGUACUGUGUGGACCAAUACUCUGUCAGGCAAUCGACGGUGUUGCUCACAGCCAUCUUGGCACAGCUUGGUUUAGAUUUGUUUGUGUGCUUCCACUUUUGUUCACAUUCUUGCAACUUUCUUUACUAUUUUACGAGAGGAUUGGUUGGCUUUGUUGAUUUUGCAAUCGAUUAUAUAUUCGUUUGAAUCUGA